AUGCCAGGCGGCGAGGGGUCCCCGAUCAAUCUCCUCGACCACCGUACAUCGACCACCUCCGGCGAGUGCGCGAACAGUGACGAAGAUGAGAGGACGACGGGCACCGCUUCCAGCACGAUGACGACCGUCCUCGCGGGCGACGGUCUUAGACGGAGGAAGGUCAUACACGCGGCCAAAGAAACCUUCGACAAGGCAUCCCGUCUACUCAGGCGGAAGAUACCAUGCACAGGCCACUUGAUGACCCCCCGCCGCCUAUGGAUACAGAAGGUUCCAACUCAAGAAUGCGACGUCGUGAUGAUGUUUCCAAGCGGAGCAAGCGAUGAAACUCUGAUGUGGCUCCUAGGCCGUCUUCGGGCGGGAACCCCGGGCCUAGUGGUGCAUGUGCGACAUCAUACUUCGUCAGACACUUAUGGCUUUUAUUUAACAGCUCCCUUUAGUGUACUAUUGAAAGCUGCCGAAGAGGUGCAUUUACCAAAGACUUUACGUCAAGAAUUCGGUGGAGGAUUGAAAGAAUUCGUAGGUUCUGAAUCGAGCUGUUUCGAAGGCAGCGACGACGAAUCUCGAUUCUUCACUACUCAGGAAAGGCAAUCGCUGGUCCUGCACCUGCUGCAUACUCUUAGGGCGGGUCCGCAGGAUCUUCACAGUCUAUCCGGUCUUAAGAUGGUGGAAGGUCAAGCAAUUAUUCCAAAAUGCCUUUCUGCUGGGAUUAUAUCCCAGGUCUUCCCUCUUCACGAAUUGCCUGCGUUGGAGAAGCUGCAACGAACAUGGGUUCGCGCGUUUCUUAGCCCCCAACCCUUGGACGACAUUUGUAAAUACUUCGGAGUCAAGAUUACCAUGUACUUCGCAUGGCUCGGUCAUUACACCACCGCUUUGAUCGUUCCAGCUGCAGUGGGUGCCAUAUAUUGGGUCGGCAUCAUCGGCAGGAAUCAAGCGGUGGAAGAUGUAGCGUACGUUCUGUUCUCCGUCUUCAAUGUAAUCUGGGCCACGGUUUAUCUGGAAACCUGGAAAAGAAGGGGCGCCGAAUUGGCCUACAGGUGGGGUACUUUGGAUCAAAGAGAUGACCUACUUGUCGAGCCUAGGCCCUUGUUCACGGGCACUUUGGAAACUUCAGCUGUAACAGGGAGAUUGGAGCCAACAUAUCCUAGAUGGAAGAGAAACAUGUUCCGGUACUUUGUCAGCGUUCCGAUUAUCGCAGCGUGCUUAUUCUUCGUUUUCAUUGUGAUGAUCCUCAGCUUUCAGAUACAGGAUUGGUGGGACGCUCGUCUCGAAUCGAGAGGACACGCAUUCUGGUUGAGUUAUGUGCCAAAAGUUCUACUGGCGGUAGUGAUAGCUUUAAUGGACGAAGCUUACUUCAAAGUCGCUGUAUGGUUGAACGACAUGGAAAACUAUCGGCUAGACACCGAGUACGAGAAUCAUCUGAUCUACAAGGUGGCACUGUUUCAGUUUGUAAACUCCUUCCUAUCGCUAUUUUACAUCGCCUUCUACCUACAGGAUCAAGAGAGACUUAAAGAGCAAUUAGCCGCACUACUGAUAGCGCGUCAAGUGAUUGGCAAUUUGAAAGAGUCCGCCGUGCCGUAUCUGAUAGAGCAGCUGCGAUUGGCUAGACUGAGUUUCGAACUUUUUGGCGCGUUGAGUCCCAGCGAGGCUAGGCCGCCACCUGGCGAGGAGGAUGACGAAUUACGAAAGAAUACGGAGGAUAAGAGCGAACGUUCCGAUGGCGGGAAAUCCAAACAGCCGAGAAAUGUCAGCCAGGCCGAAUUGGAGAGUUCUCUCUACAGAGUAGGACAUCCCACUAAUUCUCUACUUAGUGACGUUACGUUCAAGGUAUCUACUAAAAAGUACGACGGAGCAUUUUCAGAGCAUCUAGAGAUGCUGUCACAAUUGGGAUACGUCUGCCUGUUUUCUUCAGCCUUUCCAUUGGCUGCCAUGGCGGCGUUACUUGGAAAUCUUCUUGAACUACGCGGCGACGCUUUCAAACUCUGCUUCGUCCUUCAAAGGCCAUUUGGUCGAAGAGUUUCUAAUAUUGGAACUUGGCAAAAUGCCAUGGAAGCAAUGGGCCUGGUCGCGAUUUUAGUCAAUUGCGCUCUAAUCGGGUUAAGCGGGCAGGUGCAACGAAUGUUCCCGGAGAUGUCGGCCACGCAAACGAUCUUGCUGAUAGUCGCCCUGGAGCACAUUAUGUUGGGGAUACGAUUCAUAAUAAUCUGCGCGAUUCCGGAUAUUCCGCAUUGGGUGGCCACGGAAAUGGCCAAGGUAGAAUUUUUGAGAAGAGAAGCAGUCAGAAGACUGUCGUCUACUCCGUCACCAGAACAACAUCCAGCCACAGUGAUAGGGAGAUUCGUGGUGAGUCCAGCAGACGGUGAGAGCGAAGAACAACAACUACUUUCCGACCGCACCGGAGAAGCAACAUCUUCCAGUCUUCCGGAUACACCGACCCUAGCGUCGUCCACCCAGACACCCAGUAGUCCCCCGACACCUAGCGCAGCAUCCGUGCCAAGGAUCUCAGAAACACCUUCCGCAGUCCAGACUCCUGGUAGCGCAGGCAGCAGUGACUUAAGCACCCAAUUCUUGACUGAAAACACUAUGGGCAGCGUUCGUGAUAUUCACAAUUCACCUAGAUGCUCUAUUCCUGGUGCAGAACGAGCAAGGCGUUCAAGGGAAUGGCUUCAGACUGAGCCAGAGGCAUCGGGUGGAACUGACCACUACAGUCAUCACUUAACAAUUGGACCUCAUGGAGGUGUUGAUUGGGUUCGAAGAUUAGGUCUCGAAGCUGGUGGUAGAAAGUCCAGCGAUUCCGAGAUCAGUGGAGCUGGUACGGUUAGUGGAAGCGGGGACGAGUUGACUCUUCACAGGUCCACUGAUUGUAUCGUCUCGAAAGAUCUUGCAUCCUCGUCGGACAGUGAUCUUCUUAGAUCUGCCCCGCCAUGGACAGUGGCUCACAGAAAUCAAAAGUUCCGAUUCUCCCCCGAGAGAGAAAGGGAACGAGAAAAGGCAGAGAAGCAACAGUAUCAGCAACAUCAGCGAGAGAUGCAGGAUUACAAACAGCAAUCGUCCUAUUAUGCCGAGAAAGAGAAGGACUCGAGCGGUCUUUCAGACUCAAACAAAACAAUCUCAAGUCAGGAGGAGGAGAAACCAUCGAAAGAGGACAGAGAAGCGAAGAAGACCAGGGUGAAACAGAGUCUGAUGAAGAGAGCCAGGUCUGUGGCGAUCUUCUCCUUGAAGCUGAAAGAACGGAGAGCAAGAGAGGCUGAAUUGAAAGCCAAAGUGGCGGAGAAAGAAGCCAGGUGGCAACAACCACAAUCGUGCGUCGGUGGCGAGCUCUCUUGCAUCCCCAUAGAGAAGCUUAUAUCCGUGGACGACAUCGCAGCCAUGGAAUUACGCAGACUUAAUCAUUAGUCGCUUGACGUUUCCACUUUCGUUUUACACGCUAACGUAGAAACGUUCGUCUGCGCCAGUGAUACUCGCUACGGAACGAAUGUUGUAUAUGAAUUUCGCAGAAUCUCUGAGGCCAUAUCAACAACGUA